ACGGGAGGGGAGCGCCGAGCGCCGAGCGGACGGAGAGAGGGAAAGUGGGAAAGGAGUAGAGCAGUUGACGGAGCGCAGAGGUUAGCCUCCUCGGCUCCCGGGCGGGCGGCGCAUCCCGGGCCGCGCACGCGGAGGAGCGCCCAGCGCGGGACGGCGUUGGACCCAUGUCGCGCCCGUGGCGGGUCCCGGGACCCCAGCGGGAGUCCCGCGCCGGGCGUCUCGGGUCUCCGGGCGUCUGAGUUGCGGGCCACGCGGGGGUGGCGGCGGCGAGCCCGCUGGUCGUUAUGAGGACGGAUCUAAAAUGACCAGCAAGCGGAAACCCUUCCCGACGCAGCUCAGGCGGUCCAUCAGCGAGCAGCUGCGGGACUCCACGGCCAGAGCCUGGGAUCUGCUGUGGAGGAACGUCCGGGAGAGACGGCUGGCAGAAAUUGAGGCCAAGGAAGCAUGCGACUGGCUCCGUGCUGCCGGGUUCCCACAAUACGCUCAGUUGUAUGAAGAUUCCCAAUUUCCCAUCAACAUUCUGUCGGUCAAGAAUGAUCAUGAGUUUCUUGAAAAGGACCUUGUAGAACCUCUUUACAGACGACUACAUACAUUGAACAAGUGUGCCUCAAUGAAACUUGAUGUGAACUUCCAAAGGAAAAAGGGUGACGACUCAGAUGAGGAAGAUCUCUGCAUCAGCAACAAAUGGACUUUCCAAAGAACCAGCCGCCGGUGGUCUCGCGUGGACGACCUGCACACACUGUUCCCCGGAGGAGACAGAAAUGGGUCUUCGGGAGACAUUAGGAUGAGAAACACCACCAGCAGUGAAAGUGUCCUCACAGACCUGAGUGAGCCCGAGGUCUGCUCCAUCCACAGUGAGAGCAGCGGAGGGAGUGACGGCCGCAGCCAGCUGGGCAGCCACAGCGCGGGCCGGGAGCCGUUCGACUGCCCCGGCCAGGCCUGCCCCGACAGCCCAGUCAUGCUGGACGCCACGUUCGUCAGCAGCGGCCUCCCUCACUCCCCGAAAGACGUUCUCAGCUACCCGCUCCACCCAAAGAAUGAGAAACCCACCAGGGCCAGAGCCAAAUCAUUUUUGAAACGUAUGGAAACGCUCCGAGGGAAGGGAGCACACGGAAGGCAUAAGGGGCCGGGGCGGACCGGGGGCUUGGUGAUCAGUGGGCCGGUGCUCCAACAGGAGCCAGAGGCCUUCAAGGCCAUGCAGUGCAUCCCGAUACCCAACGGAGAUCUCCAGAGCCCGCCCCCCGCCGCCUGCACCAAAGGGCUCCUGAGCUCAGGCAAGUGGAGCGGGGACAGCAACCUGUCCUUAAACAGCAGCAGCGGGGUAGGCACACCCGGCCCGAAGGAACGGAAGUGCCAGGAGGCCCACAAGCGAGGGGGCAUGUACUUGGAAGACCUGGACGUGCUGGCCGGGACAGCACUGCGGGACACAGGCGACCAAAACCAUACACAGGAGUUUCAUUCCCAAGAGAACUUGGUGGUGCAUAUUCCCAAGGACCACAAACCAGGAACGUUCCCCAAGGCACUCUCUAUUGAGAGCCUCUCGCCGACAGACAGUAGCAAUGGGGUGAACUGGAGGACCGGUAGCAUCUCCCUGGGCAGACAGCAGGGCCCUGGUGCCAGGGAGCCCAGGCUCAUGGCGUCCUGCCACAGAGCAAGUAGAGUCAGUAUCUACGACAAUGUCCCGGGCUCCCAUCUGUACGCCAGCACGGGAGACCUUUUGGACUUAGAGAAGGAUGACCUCUUCCCUCAUUUAGAUGACAUUUUGCACCAUGUCAACGGGCUCCAGGAAGUAGUGGAUGACUGGUCAAAGAAUGUCUUGCCUGAACUGCAAACCCACAAUGCAUUGGUAGGAGAAUCUGGAUUAUGCCCCUUUCCAUCUCCUAAUCAGAUCACUUUAGAUUUCGAAGGCAACUCAGUCUCCGAAGGUCGGACAACACCCAGUGAUGUGGACAGAGAUGGGACAUCUCUGAAUGAGUCGGAGGCCACCGGGGUCAGAGAAAGGAGGGAUUCUGGUGUAGGGGCCUCUCUGACCAGGCCAAACAGGCGACUCCGAUGGAACAGUUUCCAGCUCUCGCACCAGCCUCAGCCGUCCACGGCGCCCCACAUCAGCAACCAGACGGCCGGCCAGCUGAACCUGCUCCAGCGCUUCUCACUGCUUCGCCUCACGGCCAUCAUGGAGAAGUACUCCAUGUCCAAUAAACACGGCUGGACGUGGUCAGUUCCAAAGUUCAUGAAGAGGAUGAAAGUUCCUGAUUACAAAGACAAGACUGUCUUUGGUGUUCCCCUCAUAGUUCACGUGCAGAGAACGGGACAGCCCCUGCCUCAGAGUAUUCAGCAAGCCCUCAGAUACCUGCGGAGCGACUGCCUUGAUCAGGUGGGUCUUUUUCGAAAAUCAGGCGUGAAAUCUCGAAUCCAUGCAUUACGUCAGAUGAACGAGAGCUUCCCUGAGAACGUGAGCUAUGAGGACCAAUCUGCUUAUGAUGUGGCGGACAUGGUAAAGCAGUUUUUCCGGGACCUCCCGGAGCCUCUGUUCACCAGCAAGCUGAGCGAGACCUUCCUCCACAUCUAUCAGUAUGUCCCCAAGGAGCAGCGGCUGCAGGCAGUGCAGGCGGCCGUCCUGCUGCUGGCCGACGAGAGCAGGGAGGUCCUGCAAACCCUGCUGUGCUUCCUGAGCGACGUGGUCAACUCGGUGGAAGAGAAUCAGAUGACACCCAUGAACCUGGCCGUGUGUCUGGCGCCCUCCCUCUUUCAUCUCAAUUUACUGAAGAAGGAAAGCUCCCCCAGAGUCAUACAGAAGAAAUAUGCCACCGGGAAGCCAGAUCAAAAGGACCUCAGUGAGAACCUGGCCGCGGCUCAGGGGCUCGCCCACAUGAUCACAGAGUGCGACAGACUGUUCGAGGUCCCGCAUGAGUUGAUAGCCCAGUCCCAUAACGCAUACGUGGAAGCUGAGGUCCACGCUCCCACUCUGGACGACCUGGGGUCCCAGCUGGAGGAGAGCGGGGCAACUUUCCACACGUACCUGGAACAUCUCGUCCAGGGCCUCCAGAAAGAAGCCAAGGAGAAGUUCAAAGGCUGGGUCACAUGCUCCAGCACAGACAAUACAGAUCUUGCUUUCAAAAAGGUGGGGGACGGGCAUCCGCUCAAGCUAUGGAAGGCCUCUGUGGAGGUGGAGGCGCCCCCUUCAGUGGUUCUGAAUCGUGUGCUGAGAGAGCGUCACCUGUGGGACGAGGAUUUUGUGCAGUGGAAGGUUGUGGAAACUCUGGACAAGCAAACAGAAAUAUAUCAGUACGUGUUGAACAGCAUGGCCCCCCAUCCUUCCAGGGACUUCGUGGUUCUCAGGACCUGGAAGACAGAUCUGCCCAAAGGAAUGUGUACCCUGGUGUCCCUCUCUGUGGAGCACGAGGAAGCCCAGCUGAUGGGCGGCGUGCGGGCAGUGGUGAUGGACUCACAGUACUUGAUAGAACCGUGUGGCUCCGGCAAGUCGAGACUGACGCACAUCUGCAGGAUGGACCUGAAAGGUCACUCCUCAGAGUGGUACAACAGAGGCUUUGGACAUCUGUGUGCAGCGGAAGUUGCCAGAAUUAGAAACUCUUUUCAGCCCCUCAUUGCUGAGGGUCCAGAAACUAAAAUCUGAGUUUUCCCCAGUGUGACAUCAAAACUCAGGGAAGAGGAAGUGAACGGAAACACUUGUGGGAGAGAGUGCCCGUGAGAAAGCAAGAGAGAGAGAGAGACUGAGUGACGUGGUUAAUGCUUAAAAAUGGAAACACUGAGAAGUCAGAAUGUUGAAGAUGCAAGAAUUGCUGAGAACUUUCCUAGCCUUCCUGGAGACGGCUACAUCCCUACUAAUAUAAUAUUUUUAAAAAUCAGAACAUUUAUCUAUGUUACUUAAAGUUAAAUGGAUUAUUCCUUGUGUAUUGCCUAAUUUGCUAUUUAAAGGCUUCUAAGAAGCAUAUUCUUAACUGUAAAUAAAUGUGUGUAUAGCAUAUGUACAUAUGUGUGUAUAUCUCUACCUUCACUGUAUAUUUGUACAAUAUCAAUUUUAUAUAUAAUUGCGUCUUUUGAAAAGGAACGCGUCUGACUCAGUGAGUCCCUUCCUCACUCAUGUGGUUCUUUCCGAGUGGCUCUGGGCCCAGCCCCCCACUGUCCUGUAAGCUGAGCAGAGUCUGCUGCUAACACCCAGGUAUGAAAAUGUUUAGUCUGUUGGUCCGCCCUGAUGUCUAACCAAAGAUUAGCUGACCAAAGGAAAACAACAUCAAAAGGUUCUUUUGUGUUGUCAGUUUGAUUGUAUUCUUCAAAAACUGAGUGUGGAGUGCUGGAGAAAGCCAAGAAAAGACUACUUACUCCCUUAAAAGCAAAGAAGUGGGGUAGAAGUCAUGACCAGGUAUCCGGCUGGGUUACCCGUUGCCAGUGGACCCAGCCAGAUGCAGCUUCGGUGAAAUGUCAGAUGCCCACAGCACAGUGGCGUCAGGGCAAGUGCCUGUAAGAACUUCAUUUCCCUGCUGAUUAUUUCCCUUCAAUAAUAGCCUUUGCAUAUUCAAAGCCCAAGGGAGCCUCUGUGUUUUAUUGAUCUUUCAUAGAUACAUUUUUAUCGUGUUUGUAAAUGUCAUUCUGUAUGACCAGUGGCCUGUUUGGUCACAGUUAAUUGGCAUUUUCUUACCAGUACAUUGCACUGAAUAUAACUCUGGACACCAGACAAGGGGAGGCCAUGGUCACUUGAGAGUCCUGGGCCAUUACAGCUUCAGGGAAUUCUUAUUUUGCUACGGAGGGUGUUCUUAAGAUAUAAUUCAUUAAACUUUUGCAAUCUAAAAGACAGGGUUUUAAACUAACAAUAAGACCAAAACUAUACUCUGUGAUUAGUUUUAGAAAAUAUAAACAGGUUUCUUAAUUUUGUAUUUCUUCAUUAGCCUGUCAAGCUACCUAGACAUUUGACCCAAACUUAUUUAUUAUUGUAGAUUGACUCUCCUUAACCCAUUGUUAAUGGAUUUAAGUUGUGGGGUUUUUUUUGUUAAUUGUAAUUCAACAACUGUAGAGAGAAAGAUAAGUUAUUAUGCUUGGCUUCAGGAAGAGAUUUUCUUUGGUAAUCCAUGAAAUUGUUUCAUAACUUAGCAACUGAUGUGGGAAAGAAAAAAAACCUUAAAUGAGUGUUUUCCCUUUCUGUGUGUGUAUUGUGUGCAUUCAUGUUAUUAUGUAAUGUUUUUCCUAUCAGCAAUGUGCAAUUCUUUUAUUGAGAAAAAUAAAAUUAUUAUAUAAGAGUUCUCUAUGGUGCAAGGAAAAUCAUACUAUUUCAAUUAUGACCUAGGAAUUUCUUGUUUCCUUGCCUACAAAGAAGUUGCCUGCAAACCCAUCAUUUUCUACGUGGGCAAUGCUCUGUGAGCAAAACAAAUUCACUUCUGCCAUGCAUCUUAAAUCCAGCCAUCUAUUUUGGAUUACUUUGAUAUACAUAGACAAGAUUAACGAGGUUUAAUCUAGUUUAACACUGGUCCAGAGAUGGGAGCCUAGGGGUUUGGAAAAUACUCUAGACACCCACAGAUGAAUCGUACUGUAUCAUCGAGUUCGGUGUGCACACGGAUCACCCGGAGAUCUUGUUCAGCUGCAGACUCUGACUCGAGCCGUCUGGAGUAAGGUCUACACAUCUAACAAGUAUCUGGGAUGCUUAGGCUGCUGGCGUGAAGACCACACACUGGGAAGCAAGAGGGUACUAAAGCCAAUAUGAUUGUAUUCAUGACUCCCGUUCUCUUCACAGCACCUGACUUUUCUAUUUUUGCACACAUACUAAUCAUGUCACCGCUGCAUAACCUAGUGCGUCUGAAGAAAUAAAACAGGAAAAAGGAGGGAAAAAUGCAUCAAGCUUCUUUGUCAAAUACCACAGCAUUUUAUUCAUUGUUAUCUUGCCAAUGGAAAUAAAAUAUGAUAUUGCAUUUAAAUAUUA